AUGGAGCGGCUCAGCACAUUCAUUCACAAAUUGCCUGGAAAGCUCUCAGGUAUCUCCUAUUUCUGGAUCGAUACUCUCUGCAUUCCGGCAUAUGGGAAGAAUCAACCGGAAUUGAGACGUGUUGCGAUUUCAAAAUUGAGGGACACUUACGCAAAUGCCACGGCCAUUCUCGUGUUGGAUUCUUGGCUUCUUUCGAGCAAAAUUGCUUCGAGGCAUGAUGUGGACAUUCUCACCCAAAUAUUUGCUUCACACUGGAAUCGCAGACUAUGGACAUUCCAAGAAGGGGCUCUUGCGAAGUCACUCUACGUUCAAUUCGCUGAUGGGGCGUAUGAUGUCGACCGAGGUGUGAAACGCCUCGAACUCAUGCAAGAUCUAACCCUGGAAUAUACCUUGAAGCCUCCAGUAUUUGCACGCUACUUCUCGCUCCGUGGCUUCAAAAGAUCUGCCAGAGGAUGCUCUAUGGCCGUAAAACUUUCGGCACUGUUUGCUGCAUUCCGACAUCGACAAACAAGCAAUCCCUCCGACGAGGCCAUCUGUCUUGCUACACUUCUUGAACUUCCAAUUGAAGAGAUUCUAUUAGCUCCAAAGGAGGAAAAAAUGGAACUUAUGUGGAGACUGGUCACCAGAGUUCCACGAGACUUUGUCUUCUAUACCGGAGAUACCUUCGAACAAAAAGGGCUUCGUUGGGCACCCCGUACCCUUUUACGAUCGGAAUCCAACUACAGAGGUUUUGAGGAAGCUUUUGCCAUGACUGACAUGGACUGGGGAGAUCGUAUGCCUUGGGCGGAGCCUACUCAAAAUGGCCUAAAAGCUUGGUUGCCUGGACUAAUAUUUGUUUCGAUAAAAAUUUCGAUGGCAGCUUCCAUUUACUUGGAAGACGAAUCUGGAAUUGUGUAUCGCUUUGUUCCGACAGGUUCACAGAGAGAAAUUUCUGGCCCCAGAUCGAAACCAGAGAGUGGCGGAUUCUGUUCACAUUUCUAUCCCUCCUACGGUCUGGUCGCAUUCAUUCUAAAUUCUGAGGAGCCGAAUAUGUUAGAAGCUGGUCUCUGUCACCAAGGCCUUUUGGUUGCAAUACAGAAAAGCAAGCCCGAGUUCAUAUCGGCGAGGAAACUAUGCAAUGGAUAUUGUGUAAGGACGAGCUCAGAUGGCGGCAGUGGUGAACUCGGGAUGUUGAGCAAGAUCGAACCCAGUAGCCGAAACCUUGCCGGGCUCAAAAACCCCAACAAGAUCUCUUCAGCUGUUGCUGCGAGAUGGACCAAGCGAAACACAUGCUGGGUAGUGGACUAG